AUAAUGGCUGACCUCAUGAGUUUAUCUGCAGAACAGACUGAAAAGAUACUGCAAUUCCAGGAUCUAACUGGAAUUGAGGAUAUGUCUGUCUGCCGCGAUGUGCUGCAACGACAUGCUUGGGACUUAGAGGUGUCAGUACAGGAACAACUCAACAUGCGUGAGGGCCGACCGUCGGUCUAUUCUCGGGAUAGGGAACCUCCAGACUUGGUGCAGUCUCCACCACCUGUCAAUGAAUCACGCAUCAGUCAAUUUUUCUUCUCAACACCUGCCCCUGCAAGAGGCAGUCGUGGCAUUUUAUCUUAUAUUGUCUCACUUUUCUUCAGAAUAUGCUAUGAUACAGUAGCAACCUUUUUGCGGUUUACAUUUGGCUUUAUAAGGCCAGAUCCAAGGAGAUAUAUUACUGAUCCUGUUGGUGAUGUACUUAAAUUUAUAAAUUCCUUUGAAGAAAAAUACGGAUCAAGGCAUCCAGUGUUUUAUCAAGGAACAUACAGCCAGGCACUGAAUGACGCUAAGCGAGAGCUUCGUUUCCUUCUAAUAUACUUGCACUGUGAAGAUCAUCAAGAUACCGACAAUUUCUGUAGGAACACAUUAUCAGACAUGGAGGUUGUGACGUACAUUAAUACAAAUAUGUUGUUUUGGGGCUGCUCUGUGACCACCCCAGAGGGCUAUCGAGUAUCUCAGGCAUUACGAGAAAAUGGCUACCCGUUUCUGGCAGUAAUUUGUCUUCGGGAAAACAGAAUGACUGUUGUUGGGAGGUUGGAGGGUUCAGUAAAUCCACAAGAGCUCAUACAGCGACUACAGACCAUCGUACAAGAAAAUGAAGCAGCUCUUAUUGCAGCCAGAGCUGAGAGGGUGGAGCGCAACUUCAAUCAGACUCUGAGGCAGCAGCAGGACCAGGCAUACUUGGAAUCUCUGCGUGCAGAUGAGGAGAAAGAGCGAAGGCGCUGUCAGGAACGUGAGAGAUUGGCUGAUGAAGAACGAAGCAGGCGAGAACAGGAACAGGCAGAACGUAAUCGGCUAGAGGAAAUCCGAAGGCAGAAGGUAGAAUUCAUGAACAGGAUACCAGAUGAACCAGACAAGAAUCACCCAGAUGCCGUCCAUAUUGUUAUAAAGCUUCCAGAUGGGACUCGCCUUGAACGACGGUUUCUGCGGAGUCACACAUUGGAUGCUGUUUUCUAUUAUAUAUUUUGUCACCCAUCAUCACCAGUGAGUUUUGAAGUGGCAACAAAUUUUCCAAAACGUGUCCUACAAUGCUCUCCUGGAGCAGAGGGAACAGCAAAGCAGACACUGGCAGAAGCUGGCCUCAUUCGGAGAGAAGUGCUGUUUGUUUAUGAUUUGGAUGCAUAAAUGUGAUAAUUUUUUACAUUAUACCCAGACAACCAGUUUCUUAUUGUCACCUUUUCUUCCACUGUCUACUUCCCAUUUUAAGUCUGACAAGCUAAUUAAAGAUUUAACAAAAUACUGCUGCCCUAGCCCCCCUAAACAAACAUGAAUGUUUUCACUUUGUAUGGUAAGGGAACAGAGUCAUAAUUUUGCAGUAUGUAAGACACUAAAUUGGAUGAAAAUUGCAUGCAUUACACAGCAUGUACUUUUGUAGUGUCAACACAUGUUAUCUCUCUGUUUCGAGUGAGCAAGUAUUUCCCUUUCCUCACCUUUUUUAUAAGCUGCUGUAAUUGGAAAUGCACAUUCUCACAUCAGUGAAUCAUUUGCAUUAUACUGACGUGUAAAGCACUUAUAACCCACAGAGGCAAGUAAGGGUGACGUAACUGGUGAAGUCUCUUUGAGUUAACCACUCUUUAUCACAUUGAAAGCUGGUUCAGCAAAAUUAUUUAUGAACAGAAUGACUUUGGCAGGUCCACUGUUAAGUAUUUUCUACUUUGCAAAGUAUUUAUUUUAAACUCUCAGUUUUGCAUUUCUCUCUGUUAUUUCAUAUAUAUUUUUUAUGUUAAUAUAAUAUUGUACAUUUUGUUGACAAGAAGUGUGUAUAGUUACAUAUCAUCUUAUCUGUUCACCUUGUGUUUAUGUAAGUCUAUUUGUAUCUUUUUUGUUGAGUGUAGUAAAUAUAAGGAUGUAAACAUAUUAUUUCAUACUCUGUUAAAAUUGUGUCAUUCUGCUGAGAUGAA